UCAGAGAAGCAGUUCCACGAUGCAGCGAGGCGUAAUGACGUGGCCAGGAUGGAGGAGCUCAUCAGGAGAGGGGUCGACAUCAAAGCCAAAAACAAUGCAGACCGGACUGCCCUGCACUGGGCCGCGGGAGCAGGGAAUGUGGAUGCCGUGCGACUGCUACUGGACCACGAUGCCCCAGUGGAUGAUGAAGACAAUUUUGGAAUGAAUGCGCUUCUCCUGUCUGCCUGGUUUGGCCACCUCCGUGUCCUGCAGAUCCUUGUCAACGCUGGGGCCAAGAUAAACUGUGACAAUAGGAAUGGCAGGAACAUGCUCCACUGUGCUGCUCAGAAGGGACACAUCCAGGUGAUGGAGUUCAUCAUGGAGGACCUGGAGGACAUUUGUGUGGAUAAAACAGACAAGAUGGACAGGACAGCAUUUCACCUGGCUGCAGAGAAUGGGCAGCUGGAGGUGGUAGAGUUCCUAAUUCGACUGGGUUGUUCUCACAGUGCCAAAGACAAGGAAGAAAAUACAGCACUGCAUUUAGCUGCUAAAAAUGGACACCUCUCUGUGCUGCAGAAGAUUAUAGAUGUUGGAGUUGACCUUGAUGAAAAGAAUUUGGAAGGACUUACAGCUCUGCACAUGGCUGCAGAGGGGGGUCACAGUGGCUGCGUGAAGCUGCUCUUGGAAGCUGGUGCCGAUGUCAAUGCCCGCACACAGAAGAUGAUGAACUGCCUUCAUUACGCAGCACUGCAUGGCUACCAGGAGAUAGCCAGGAUCCUCCUGGCCGCAGGAAUCCACAUGGAUGCUGUUAAUCACCAAAAUGCAUCAGCGACGCACAUUGCGGUGCUGCAGAACUUCCCAGGCAUGGUGAAGCUCUUCAUUGAUGCAGAGUGUGACCUUGACAUCCCAGAUAACAGGCAGCAGACCCCCCUGCACAUCGCUGCGGAGCACGGCAGGCAGGACAUUGCUGAGAUGAUUCUCAUUGCAGGAGUUAAUCUGAAGCUAACAGACAAGCAAGGGAAAACAUCUCUGGAUGUUGCUGCUCGAGGCAAUCACAUCAACCUGGCAGACAUGAUUAUCAAAGCUGAUCGGUUUUACAAAUGGGAAAAGGACAAUCUGAACAGUGACUCUGACUCCUGGGUGGCAAAGCACUUGACCUUUAAGCAAGAUCACAGGCUGGAAACACAGCACAUCCGCUCGGUAAUGUGGAGGUUGGCUACCAAGUACCUCAGACCUGGUGAAUGGAAGAAGCUGGCACAUUACUGGAAAUUCACUGAUGCCCACAUUAGGGCCAUCGAGCAGCAAUGGACAGACACUAAAAGCUACAGAGAGCACGGCCACAGGAUGUUACUCAUCUGGCUCCAUGGUGUGAUCACAGCAGGAGAAAAUCCAGUCAAGGGGUUAUACGAAGGCCUUGUGGGGAUUGGAAGAAGAGAUUUAGCAGAAAGCAUUCGGAAAAAAGCAAACGCAGACUCUGCCUCUCCACGGAAGUGUGUAGCAAUGUAG